GCCGUCCCUGCCUCAGGCAAUCCCCGCCAGCAUCCCGCCGCUGCUUGCUCUUUUUAUCUGUGAGGUGCCGACGGCCGCUUUUCCAUCGGCUCUGCCUUUCAUCCGCUUGGAAGCCCGCCAGCCCUCCUCUGCAUCGCCGUCUUCUCCGCCACCCUGUCUGGCCCGGCUCGAUAACCUCAACCAUUCCCUCCUCUUCCUCUCCCAUGAACCCCUUUGACUUUCGCAUCUUCGCCGACAGAUAGAGUCAAUUCCCAAAUAUCCGCCACAGAAGCCCUCGAAGCCAGCAUGUACGUCCUCAAGAUCAUAGAGCAGCCGCAAAAAGUCCGCUGUUCCGGAUUCGGCGAUCGUCUCUUUGGCCGUCCAAUCGAUCCCGCGCCAAUUCUCCAGCUCUUGCGACAGAAUCCCGAUGGAACCCGGACAUCAAACUCCUCUGUGCUGACGGAGGCCUCAACCUUUGUCGUCCAUACUCAGCUCUUUUCGGCUGACGGAACCAUGAAUCAGAGUCAGGUUGUGAACCCGGCCAAGCUCAAGGAAGCAGUGCCCCUGCGACCCAGGCCGUACAUGUACCGAUUGUCGCGAUCGACCUCCCCGAUCGUUCCGGAGCCAGAAUCCGGACAGACGGCAACCCUCACCAACGUAUCUGGUCCAUCCGAAGCUGUUACUACCGAGUCUCUGAAACGAGGCUCGGACUCGGCCGGCAUCUCGCCGUUCGAUGAUCAACGCCAGCACGGUUGUAGCCUCGAGCACACUGGCAAGAAGCAGAAGAGAGACGCAUCGUCGCCGAUCGCCUCUUCAUCGCUGUCCUCACCGACGCUGCAGGACGAUCGCUCCACAAACGAUCACCGGCCGGACUCUGCUACACGCACCUCGACAGAGUCUCCGGCUCGAGCAGUUGGUUGGAACGACGACGAUUAUCGCAUGAGGGAGCUCCUACCCUAUAGCCAGUUCUCGCUCUUUGGGCACCUCGUUGCCCCGAGCACCUUUGCCCGAGACAUCAACGGAUCCGAUACCGGUGUCUACUUCAUCUUUGGAAACAUCUCUAUCCGAAUCGAGGGACGAUUCCGGCUCAAGUUCAUCCUCAUUGAUCUGAGGGAGCCCCGGUGAGUAUCUGCCACCGCUUCUGCUGCUGCUGCACUGCUGCG